CCUGCACCAGCGCGCAGGAGCGCACCUUCUUGGCGGUCAAGCCGGACGGCGUGCAGCGGCGGCUGGUGGGCGAGAUCCUGCGGCGCUUCGAGAGGAAGGGCUUUAAACUGGUGGCGCUGAAGCUGGUGCAGGCCUCGGAGCAGCUCCUGCGGGAGCACUACGCCGAGCUGCGCGAGCGCCCUUUCUACGGCCGCCUGGUCAAGUACAUGAGCUCGGGGCCCGUGGUGGCCAUGGUGUGGCAGGGCCUGGAUGUCGUGCGCGCCUCGCAGGCGCUUAUUGGGACCCCGGACCCCGCUGACGCCCUGCCCGGUACCAUCCGCGGGGAUUUCUGUGUCGAGGAACGUGAUCCACGGCAGCGACUCGGUGGAAAAUGCCCGCCGGGAGAUCGCGCUGUGGUUCAGCGCCGCGGAGCUGCUGUGCAGGGAGGACAGCGUGGCCGCCUGGCUGUAGUCAGGUUCUGCCGCUCUGUGCCCUCCAGCUCCCUCCAGCCCCCCGGACGACGUCUUUCUGCAGCGGGACCUGGAGCCCAGGCACCUGGAGCCCAGGGCGUGGGAUGGGAGGCGGGGAGUGCCUGCCCGGCUGGGUACCAGGCCACAGGCCUGGUGUGCUCAGGGAGGUGCAGGUGGCUCAAUGUGGCCAUUUACAAUAAACGGGCAGACUGUGCCGCACUGGUCGUGUCCAGGGACAGGCGAGGCGUGGUGUUAGGGCAUUUAUUACAUGGAGCAGGUGUGUGGGUGCACUUGCAGGGGCCAAAGCCUGAGGAGAGGUCACCAGGCCCCUUCCCCCAGCUGCACCCACCCCCCCAACCCAAGCCACUGCACGAUCCUGUGGGACACGAGGGCCUGGACAUACAUCACAGUGGAGAGGUGGCAGGCGGUGGGGAGAAGCCAGCAGCCGCUCCAGGGCCAGCUCCCCAAGAUCUGUGCUUCUCUGGUGAGGGGCAUGGGCAGCAGGGGCUGGGCUGCCUGGCUCAGUGCCUCCCGGAGCAGGAGGGCAGCCUGGGCAGGUGGGGAAGUCGGCCAGCAAGGCCGUCCACCCGGGAGGGCGGCUGUUCCUCACCACGCCUAGAGCCUGGGCAGGCCUGUCCUCCGUUCGCACGCCUCUGCCUGGCUGUUGAAAGCUUCCGCCAGCAGGCAGCCCUAGGCACUUAGCGUGUCUGGGAGCUGGGCUCCUUUGGAGCCCACGCAGGAGGCAAGCCCCAAGAGCAAGCCAUCCCUUGUCAACCUGAGGG